AUCAACAUGUUCAUGGAGGGAUUCCAUGAUGCAUUGCUGCUGUACGCUCUGGCGCUGCACGAAGCCAUCAGGAACGGCCUCACCAAGAAGGACGGAGCAGAGAUCACCUACCGCAUGUGGAACAGAACAUUUCAAGGUAAAAAACUAAACCCUCUGGUCAUUAUUAAACCCUCUGGUCAUUAUUAAACAUCUUCCUUAUCUCUUUCCCUCUCGAUCUCUCAAUUCAGUUUCAAUUUCAAUUCAAUUUUAGGGCUUUAUUGGCAUAGGAAUGUUUACAUUGCCAAAUCAAGUGAAAUAGAUAAUAAACAAAAGUGAAAUAAACAAUACAAAAAAUAACAGUAACAAUUACAAAAGUUCCAAAAUAAUGACAUCCCUUACUAUAUCCUCCACUCUCUCUCCUCUCGCUGUUUCAUCAUAUGUAUGUCCUCUGAGGACAUUUCUACUGAGGUGUGGAUCGUUUUACAAAGACUGUAAGACUGUUGGAGCAUGAUCUGAAGCUUAGAUCUAAGACUGGAGCUCAGCAUAGAUUCUGUCUGAACGUCUCCUUGAGUUGUUCUGGCUCCCAGCUGGACCAUUCAUCACCCUUAAUUAGGCCAAUGUUGUCAACCGAGUUGAGCUGCUGGCAUUCUCCACUCCUUUUUAAUGGCUGUAGAAGGAAAUUGAUAGCAUUAUUGAUAUCACUAUCAAUUACAAAAGGCUAUGGCGUUCAGCACAGCUAGCGCAGUGCAGUGCAGUGUAGCUUUGUCCUGAGCUGUUAACCAGAAAGGCCAAGUGCCAGACCAACAGGUCACCAUCUACACCCCACAAAGCCAUAGAGCCAGACCUCCAACAGCUGUUAACCAGAAAGGCCAAGUGCAAGUGCUUUUUAAUGGGGGGGAUUAUUUAAGAUACUAUUGGAAGAGGUAGGGUUUCAGGUGCUUUCGGGAAGAUGGGCAGGGACUCUGCUGUCCUAGCUUCAGGGGGAUGCUGGUUCCACCAUUGGGGUGCCAGGACAGAGAAGAGCUUAUGGGUGGGAGGGCCAAGAGACCAGAGGUGGCAGAACGGAGUGCUCGGGUUGGGGUGUAGGGUUUGAGCGUAGCCUGAAGGUUAGGGAGGGGCAGUUCCUCUUGCUGCUCUGUAGGCAAGCACCAUGGUCUUGUAGUGGAUGUGAGCUUCGACUGGAAGCCAGUGGAGUGUGCGGAGGAGCGGGGUGACAUGAGAGAACUUGGGAAAUGUUGAAAACCAGGCGGGCUGCAGCGUUUUGGAUAAGUUGCAGGGGUUUGAUGGCACAAGCGAGGAGCCCAGCCAACAGCGAGUUGCAGUAAUCCAGCCGGGAGAUGACAAGUGCCUGGAUUAGGACCUGCGCUGCUUCCUGUGUGAGGUAGGGUCGUACUCUACGGAUGUUGUAGAGCAUGAACCUGCAGGAGCGAGUCACUGCUUUGAUGUUUGCAGAGAACGACAGGGUGUUGUCCAGGGUCACGCCAAGGUUCUUUGCAGGAUGAGAACAGAGGAGAGAGAGUCAGCUUUGGCAGUGCGGACAGCCUCUGUGACACAGAGAAGAGCAGUCUCGGUUGAGUGAUCUGUCUUGAAGCCUGAAUGGUUAGGGUCAAGAAGAUCAUUCUGAGAGAGAUAGCGAGAAAGUUGAUCACAGACAGCACGCUCAAGUGUUUUGGAAAGAAAAUAAAGAAGGGAUACAGGUCUAUAGUUUUUGACGUCAGAUUAGUCGAGUGUUGGUUUAUUGAGGAGGGGAGCAACUCGGCCAUUUUUACGUCAGAGGGGACGCAGCCAGUGGUCAGGGAUGAGUUGAUGAGGGAAGUGAGGAAUGGGAGAAGGUCUACAGAGAUGGUCUGUAGAAGGGAAGAGGUGAUGGGGUCGAGCGGGCAGGUUGUCGGGCGGCCAGACCUCACUAGUCACAGGAUGUCAUCUGGCGAGAGAGGGGAGAAAGAGGUCAAGGCGUAGGGUAGUUCUGUGUGAGUGAGACCAGUGGACUCAAUAGGAUGAGUGAAUGAGGAGUGGAUGUCGUCAACCUUUUUUCCAAAGUGGUUGACAAAGUCAUCCGCAGAGAGGGGGGGGGGGGGGGGGGGGGAUUAAGGAGGGAGGAUAAGUUGGAAAAGAGUUUCCUAGGUUUAGAGGCAGAAGCUUGACAUUUAGAGUGGUAGAAAGUGGCUUUAGCAGCGAAUACAGAGGAAGAGAAGGUAGAGAGGAGGGAGUGAAACGAUGAUAGGUCCCCCAGAAGUUUAGUUUAACUCCAUUUCCGCUCAGCUGCCUGCAAUGAGUCACUCAGCCACGGAGCAGGAGGGGAGGGCCGAGUCGGCCGGGGGGAAAGGGGACAGUGCGAGUCAUAGGAUGUGGAAAGGGAGGAUAGGAGGGUCGAAGAGGCAGAAUCAAGAGACAGGAGGGAGAAGGAUUUAGCAGAAGGGAGAGAUGAUAGGAUAGAAGAGGAGAGAGUAGAAGGUGAGAGCAAGUGAAGAUUGUGACGGCGCAUGACCAUCUGGGUAGGAGCUGAGUGGUUAGGGUUGGAGGAGAGAUCGAGAGAAAAAGAAACGAAGUAGUGAUCAGAGACAUGGAGGGGGGUUGCAGUGAAAUUAGUAGGUGAACAGCCUCUAGUAAAGAUGAGGUCAAGCGUAUUGCCUUGUGAGCUGGAGGGGGACCGGGAAAAGGUGAGGUCAAAAGUUGCAAGGAUGGGAAAGUGAGAGUUCGGAAAGAAAUGAAUCGAAGGCAGACCACAGAUCGGCAGUUCCAAACGCUGCCAGAGACCAGGAAUUCCACAUGGGGUUGUACGCGCUGGGUACACUAAAUUAGAAGGGUCGUAGCCAAGGGGAGAGGAGACAACAGGUAUAGAAAACACAUACAAAGCUACAAAACAUCAAAAUGAGAUCAUCUGUAAAUAACUAGGUAAGAUACUCAAGUCAGAGAGCCUUCCUCUCUUUCCUUUGUCGAACAACUCGCCAGGACCGUCUUUGUUUUGACUACGGUCUGGGUUUUGUGCCACUGACACGACCGCCGCUUACAGCUGCCGCUGAGAAACCAUGGAAACUGAAGAACUAACACUAAUUGCUAAUUGCUAAUUGCUAAUUCCACCUAGCAGUGGUGGAGAGCACACGUCCCUGUACUAAUUGCUGAAACCACUCCCCCUCCAUUACAGCCACUGAUUACCAAAACAAGUCAUAAAUUGCCCCGCCCCCUUUGAUCCUGGUUGAUGUGUCAACAACUAUCUGCAAGGUGAUGAGCAGUCAGCGGUUCACACACCAAGUAGGCCACUGGGAAGCAGUCAGCGGUUCACACACCAAGUAGGCCACUGGGAAGCAGUCAGCGGUUCACACACCAAGUAGGCCACUGGGAAGACAGGCAGCACUUAAAGUAGACGGCCCUAGCUAGCAACAAGACGGGACUAGACCACAACAGAUAAAGACACAAAAAAAAGUAUACUUAUCACUCCUGGAGAUAUCAGGCUUACAGCAGUAUGUAGGCUUACAGCAGUGGGGUAGGCUUACAGCAGUAUGUAGGCUUACAGCAGUAUGUAGGCUUACAACAGUAUGUAGGCUUACAGCAGUGGGGUAGGCUUACAGCAGUGGGGUAGGCUUACAGCAGUAUGUAGGCUUACAGCAGUAUGUAGGCUUACAGCAGUAUGUAGGCUUACAGCAGUAUGUAGGCUUACAGCAGUGGGGUAGGCUUACAGCAGUAUGUAGGCUUACAGUAGUAUGUAGGCUUACAGCAGUGGGGUAGGCUUACAGCAGUAUGUAGGCUUACAGCAGUAUGUAGGCUUACAGCAGUGUGUAGGCUUACAGCAGUAUGUAGGCUUACAGCAGUAUGUAGGCUUACAGCAGUAUGUAGGCUUACAGCAGUAUGUAGGCUUACAGCAGUGGGGUAGGCUUACAGCAGUAUGUAGGCUUACAGUAGUAUGUAGGCUUACAGCAGUGGGGUAGGCUUACAGCAGUAUGUAGGCUUACAGCAGUAUGUAGGCUUACAGCAGUGUGUAGGCUUACAGCAGUAUGUAGGCUUACAGCAGUAUGUAGGCUUACAGCAGUGUGUAGGCUUACAGCAGUAUGUAGGCUUACAGCAGUAUGUAGGCUUACAGCAGUAUGUAGGCUUACAUCCAACAGACAGAAUGGCGACAGACCAAUCCAGUUCCACAAUAUCUCCUCCAGAUAACUCAGUUAAAGUCUAAUAGGAGUGGGAUGAGUCAGAGUGCAAAACCUUUCAUCUGCAAUGAUUAGAGUCCAGUUACAGAACGGAUGUCCCCUCGCCAAACUGGUUAAAAAUCCAAGCCAACACAUUGCCAGCUCUCAACGUGAAGUAACAAUGUUUUGUUCAGCAAGAACAGGGUCAUAUUUUCUUGUUAAAAUAAAGAAAAUGUUAAAAAAUGCCAACAAUUUGGGAACACAGCCGUGGGGAUGAAAUUACAAUUCGUGGAUGGCCUGCCAACACAAGCGGUGGGAGGAGAGAUGGGAUUUCCUGUUAUAUUGGCCGGGGGACGGAAUUCCUCUACUCUGCUCUCCGCUCUCUGUUUUCCUUGGAAUGUUGGGCUCUUGUAGCUAAUUAUUUCUGCCAUUCUUUGCAUGCCGCUGGUCCUCUGGUUGCUGGGGCUAGGCAUCGCAGGCCAGGUGUCUAUGGACUUCAACGGAGACAGAUACGGAGACUUCUCUGUGAUGAGCAUGACCAACACCAAGGCAGGCACCUAUGAGGUAAGAACAGGACCCUAACACCAACCCUCCUUUAUCAGGGUCCUUAUUGAUAAAGCAUCUCAGAGUAGGAGUGAUAUGAACUAGGAUCGGGUCCCCCCCCCCCCCCCCCCCCCCCCGUCUGUGUGAUCUUAUUCAUUAUAAUCUAAAAAGCAAACUGACCCUGUGUCAGCACUCGUACUCUACACCUAUGAUGUAAGAAGAAAGCCAUCAGAUAACAUCCAACCUAAUCCUGUAACCUCUAGCAUCACUAGUGAUCAGAUGGCUUUUUUUCGAUGGCAAAAAUCUUUCUCAAUGGGACUGUAUAAGUCAUAUAGAAUGCCAGUCGGCUUUUCAAAUGGCCCCUUAUAAAUUAUGUUCAUAAAGGACUGUACAACUUCCGUAGAAUGCUAUUUGGCUUGUCAAAAAUCCCCCUUCUCCUCCUAGUUGACCUUUUUUUUUAGCACAACUUCUCAAUCUGUGGGUCCUAUUUGAGAUUGACAGCUGUUUGUUCCCAGACGGUGUGUAACUAUCACGGUGUGAAGGAGAGUUUCCAGAUGCUUCCGGGGUUCAAUCCUGACCAUUUCACCCUGAGAGGACUACAUAGAGCCUCCCACACAGACCUGCCAGACAAAUCAUGUAAAUUAUCUCUAAUGAUCUCUAAUAUUGUCUGUUCUAUCUGUCUCCACCAACAAACACACACCAACAAACACAGACCUGAUCUCUACUGCUCCUCUUCUCCAUCUUUGUCGCUCCUGUUUAUACCUGCCCCUUAAAUGCACCCUUUGUUCUGAUCUUGUCUUCUGGUCGUGCCCACAUUAUUAGACGGGUGUAGACGAUUAAAAUACACAUUGUGAUCAGAUUUAAAUCAUCAUUAUACCGACCUCUAAAAUCAUUGACAGGUACCAUCAUUAAAAUAAAUGUAUUCAUAUCAUAUUUUGAAAGAAUAUAUGAAGAAUUCAUUUCCAAAAAGCUAUAUAUCAAUUUUCAGAAAUGUUGGUAAAUUUGCUUUUAUUGUUUGAAAGUUUUCAAAUAAAUUGUUUUGUUUUUUUACUCUCUAGUCAUGGCAUAGGGUUGUUCAACGACAGACAUGUAUUUGUUUGAAAUCUUUCAUUUCAGAGAGACAAAUAAUCAUGUUUUUCUUGCAAACUGCUAUAUAUCCACCUCACUCUCAGAGAAAUAAGUAGUACUGCUAGGUACACAGUCAAACACAGUCAAACGUACCAAAUAACUACAUUUUUAAUAAGGGACAGUACAAAUGAUACAUUUGUGACAUCAAUAUUUAAAGAAUGAAAAAAAUUAAUCUAUACAGUAAUAUGAGAUCUGUAUGUAAAACAUUUACAUUUUACAUUAAUCAUUUAGCAGAUGCUCGUAUCUAGACUUACAGUUAGCGCAUUCAUCUUAAGAUAGCUAGGUGAGACAACCACAUAUCACAGUCAAAUAUACAGGACACGAACAUUCCAUUCAUCUAAACAAUGGAUAUAUAGCGUCUGAUUUUGAUACAGACCUAAAAUCUAUUAACAUAAAUAUUUAACACAUUGGUUGAUAUACUGUUGUAACACAGGUGUAUAGCAGAGGUGCAGUUAGCCCUUACUAAUAGCCUCCCUCUGCCUCUCCAAGCAGGUGGACUAGGAGUAUCUGCUGUUACUGGGAUCAUAGUGGGAGCCCUGCUGGGGACAGCACUGCUCAUGGCCUUCUACUUCAUCAGGUAAAACAGCACUUUGCUGAAAAAAUACAGAUAAUGUUCAGUACUGUCUGUGUGGCUCAGUUGGUAGGAGUGGAUGUUGGUUUCCUGCUGCAGGGCUGAUCUAGUGGUUUCCGACUACAGGGCUGAUCUAGUGGGAGUGGAUGUUGGUUUCCGACUACAGGGCUGAUCUAGUGGUUUCCGACUACAGGGCUGAUCUAGUGGUUUCCGACUACAGGGCUGAUCUAGUGGUUUCCUAAUACAGGGCUGAUCUAGUGGUUUCCUAAUACAGGGCUGAUCUAGUGGUUUCCGACUACAGGGCUGAUCUAGUGGUUUCCGACUACAGGGCUGAUCUAGUGGUUUCCGACUACAGGGCUGAUCUAGUGGUUUCCGACUACAGGGCUGAUCUAGUGGUUUCCUAAUACAGGGCUGAUCUAGUGGUUUCCUAAUACAGGGCUGAUCUAGUAAGAGUGGAUGUUGGUUUCCGACUACAGGGCUGAUCUAGUGGUUUCCUACUACAGGGCUGAUCUAGUGGUUUCCGACUACAGGGCUGAUCUAGUGGUUUCCGACUACAGGGCUGAUCUAGUGGUUUCCGACUACAGGGCUGAUCUAGUAAGAGUGGAUGUUGGUUUCCGACUACAGGGCUGAUCUAGUGGUUUCCUACUACAGGGCUGAUCUAGUAAGAGUGGAUGUUGGUUUCCGACUACAGGGCUGAUCUAGUGGUUUCCUACUACAGGGCUGAUCUAGUGGUUUCCGACUACAGGGCUGAUCUAGUGGUUUCCGACUACAGGGCUGAUCUAGUGGUUUCCGACUACAGGGCUGAUCUAGUGGUUUCCGACUACAGGGCUGAUCUAGUGGUUUCCUAAUACAGGGCUGAUCUAGUGGUUUCCUAAUACAGGGCUGAUCUAGUGGUUUCCUAAUACAGGGCUGAUCUAGUGGUUUCCUAAUACAGGGCUGAUCUAGUGGUUUCCUAAUACAGGGCUGAUCUAGUGGUUUCCUAAUACAGGGCUGAUCUAGUGGUUUCCGACUACAGGGCUGAUCUAGUGGUUUCCUACUACAGGACUGAUCUAGUGGUUUCCGACUACAGGGCUGAUCUAGUGGUUUCCUAAUACAGGGCUGAUCUAGUGGUUUCCUAAUACAGGGCUGAUCUAGUGGUUUCCGACUACAGGGCUGAUCUAGUGGUUUCCUACUACAGGGCUGAUCUAGUGGUUUCCUAAUACAGGGCUGAUCUAGUGGUUUCCUACUACAGGGCUGAUCUAGUAAGAGUGGAUGUUGGUUUCCGACUACAGGGCUGAUCUAGUGGUUUCCUACUACAGGGCUGAUCUAGUAGGAAAAGCGUAAGCCCCAGACUAUAGGAGGCCCCUCUGCCAUUUCACUGUAAACAAGAAUCUGUGCACAAUUACUGACCUGGUCUAAAGGAGAAGACAGACAAUUCAAACCCUUCUCAAAGUCUUUUUGUCUUGUUUGGUUCCUAACAGGAAGAACUACAGGAUAACCAUUCAGAGGCGCACGGCGAGGGAGGAAUGUGACAUCGGGAAGCAUCGUCAGUUACGAGAAGAUUCUAUCAGAUCGAACUUCUCGGCCGCGUAGAGCAUCACCAUGGUUACCAUCCGUUGCUCCUGACGUUCCCGUUCCAGGGAAGCAGCGUAGCGCGGAAGGAAGCAUCAUGGGAAUGAUGACCAGAGACUCUACACACUGUCCACGGCUGUCAGAGCAGUCAUGCUAUUUCAAGAAAGACAUACUGUCAUUUAUUUGCGUUUUACAUUUUCUCUUUUAAAGUUUUUGACUUUCAUAAACUCAGGAAAGUUCCAAUCACACAGCUGCACCACUUUCAUCUCUGUUCAAAUAUAUAUAUAUAUAUAUAUAUAUAUAUAUAUAUAUAUAUAUAUAUAUAUAUAUAUAGGUGUCUUCUCCCCUUAAGAGGGCCAGUACAGAAGACGUUAAUAGUAUAACAUUUUGUUUUCACCUGUUUUUAUAACAAACAGUGCGAGCAGUUUUUAACCGUGUAAAAAGCAUUUGCACUCCAGUACAGGGCUACAGUAACACCAGAGAUAACAGGGAUCCAUAAGCCUGUAACAGGUCAGAUCAGAGAUAACAGGGGUUGAUAAACAGGUCAGAUCAGAGAUAACAGGUCAGAUCAGAGAUAACAGGUCAGAUCAGAGAUAACAUGUCAGAUCAGAGAUAACAGGUCAGAUCAGAGAUAACAUGUCAGAUCAGAGAUAACAGGUCAGAUCAGAGAUAACAGGUCAGAUCAGAGAUAACAGGUCAGAUCAGCGAUAACAUGUCAGAUCAGAGAUAACAGGUCAGAUCAGAGAUAACAGGUCAGAUCAGAGAUAACAGGUCAGAUCAGAGAUAACAGGUCAGAUCAGAGAUAACAGGUCAGAUCAGAGAUAACAUGUCAGAUCAGAGAUAACAGGGGUUGAUAAACAGGUCAGAUCAGAGAUAACAGGUCAGAUCAGAGAUAACAGGUCAGAUCAGAGAUAACAUGUCAGAUCAGAGAUAACAUGUCAGAUCAGAGAUAACAGGGGUUGAUAAACAGGUCAGAUCAGAGAUAACAUGUCAGAUCAGAGAUAACAUGUCAGAUCAGAUUUGAUGAGCUAUUUAGCAGUUUUGUUUGGCAGUCUUAUGGCUUGGGGGUAGAAGCUGUUCAGGGUCCUGUUGGUUCCAGACUUGGUGCAUCGGUACCACUUGCCGUGCGGUAGCAGAGAGAACAGUCUAUGGCAGGGCUCUCCAACCCUCUUCCCCGAGAGCUGCCGUUUUCGCUCCAACCCUAAUCUAGCACACCUGAUUCUAAUAAUUAGCUGGUUGAUGAGAUGAACCCGGGUUAGUUCCAACUGCGGUUGGAGCAGAAACCAGGGGAAUGGCCCGCAGAAACCAGGGGAAUGGCCCGCAGAAACCAGGGGAAUGGCCCGCAGAAACCAGGGGAAUGGCCCGCAGAAACCAGGGGAAUGGCCCGCAGAAACCAGGGGAAUGGCCCGCGCUAA